UGUCACCAAUAGCACAAUGCUCACAAGCAUUCGUCCAAGCAGUCUGUCUGAGGUGCUUCCUACUGUCGACUCCGGGUCUACUGAUGAUGCCACCAAUAGCACAAUGCUCUUAAGCACUCGUCCAAGCAGUCUGUCUGAGGUGUCUUGUGCCACUGAUGUAACCAAAUAUAGCAAGCAUUCCUAUUCACAUGUUGUCAACAGACGUGCCAUGUCGUCCUGAUCCUUCAGCUUUUGAUAUCCUGGAAGAUAUUUGUGGAGGAUAUGUGUAUGGCAAUCAGAAAACCGAAUGUCACAUAGAUAUGGAAAGUUUUCAUUCUAUCAUUGAUGAUCGUCAUUUGUUGCAGGAGCCUGUAAAACUGCCCUUCCAAAAUAAAGUCAUACAAGCUCAUGGCAAAACUGUGCAGAUGACGACUGACAAUUCAGAAAGUGCAACUGAAGAGGACUCAUCAGACACUUCAGAGAAUAGUUCAGACUAUCAUGGUUCGGAGUCAGAUGAAUCUGAAUCUGAUGAGGAAUCAAUUGUAUUUGACCAGCUAACAGAUAAUAGCUCACAAUUCCAACCACGGCCUUGCAGAGGUAAAGCAGAGCUAGAAGCUAAUGGCAAAGUGCAACCGUCUUCUGAUUCAUCUUCUGAUGGAAGUGACUCCUCAUUUGAUGAAAUCCACAUCGAGUAUUACAAACAGAAGGAGGUAGAGGGUGGUUUGAUCCGAGCUUACAACAAAUUCAAUGCGUGUUUGUUUUGUGAAAAACUUGUAAAUGAUGGCGGAGUAACUAUGGGUGACUUCUUAAAGCCAUCUAAGUUUGAUGCUGUAAUUCAAGCUGUUGAGGAUUUGGCAGGACAGGAUGAGGGGGAAGGUGGUGAUCAUGAGCUACAGCGUCCAUCGUUUGCCCUCAAAGCAGGAUAUGAUUUGGCCUGGCUUGCUCGGAUUAAAAGAGGAAGGGCCAUACGAUCCCAUGACAUCACAUCUGAAGAGGAAGCUAAUAAGUUUCUGCAGCUACAUAGAUCAGAAUGGGGUCUUAAAGUUUCUGCCUCAGCUUGCAAUACCCUUAACACUCGCAAAAGCAAGAAACCUGUGAGUUUACCUAAAACCAGUGACCUUCAGAAACUGUCCAAGUAUGUUACCAGUGAGGUUAAGAAAUGCAAUGAAAUGUUCACAACUUCUUCUACUGCCAACUACAGCUUUUUAAAGCGGAUGCAGAAAGUCACACUUGUACGUCUCUUGUUGUUCAACAAACGACGGCCAUUGGAGCUCUCACAGAUCACCACUGACACAUACAUUAAUCGACCAGGAUGGAACAACUCAAGGGUAGAAGAGCUGUUAUGCCAGAUGACAUCUCUUGAAAAGAAGCUGCUUGAGAGUCACGACCUCUUGAAGAUGAUUGGAAAACGGGGGCGAACAGUCCCUGUUAUUGUUCCUCCAGACUGCAGUAAAUCACUAAAUGCAAUUUCCAAGUUGAGGCAUCUUUUCAUUCCUCCAUCCAACCAGUAUAUGUUUGCGAGAAACACACCAUCCACACACAUGCAGGCUGGUCAUGUUCUCAAAGAAAUUAUCUCAGAAGUGUCUCUUGACUCACCACAAGACAUCCGCACAACUAAAAUGCAGAAAUACACUGCAACAGUUGCACAGAUUCUAAGCCUACAGCCACACCAAUUAGAAUGGGUUGCUAGCCAUCUUGGCCAUAGCGUCAACAUACAUAAAGACUUCUACAGGGUGCAGGACUCAACAAUUGAACUGUGCAAGGUCUCCAAGUUAUUGAUGGCCAUUGAUGCUGGUGAUGUGGGCCAAUGGGCAGGCAAGUCUCUGGAUGACAUACAAGUUGAAGAUAUUGAGAUGGAAGCAACUGAUGAAAUUGAUGACGAUGGAGAUGAAGAUGAACAGGAAAUGAACCAGGUCUCACUUCAAACCUGUUUCAACAAGUCAUCAUCAGCCAGAGAACCAAGCCCUUCAUGUGCACCUAGGUGUACUCCAAGAAGAGUCGAAACUGAAACCAGAUCCAGCUCACGUGAGAUGCCAUCCGAGUUAGCUGAAGGAUCAAGACCUCUUCGUGUAUCAGGAAAGGGAGACAAAUUUCCUUGGUCCAAACAAGAGACAUCCUGCAUCUGGGCACAAAUGAGAGAACUCAUCUUGAAAGAAAAGGUACCAGGGAAGAAGGAAUGUCAAGCUUGUAUCACAGCUUCAGUUCCCAUAUUGGACAAAAGAACCUGGCAGUGCGUAAGUAUAAGGUCUAUAAUAUAAUAAACGCGGUCAGGAGAAAAAGCACAAGAUAAAGGCUACUGCAGUACAAAGUACUACAGUGCUUUGUAUUGGUACUGUGUGUUAAGUACCACACGAAACAGUAACGUACAUGUAGCUUGAAGAGGGGCUCUAAAGUCUUUUUAUUUUUUUUCUGCACUUUUUUUUCCAAUAGUCAAAGAAUCCUCAAGGGAGUAAUCAUGGCAGUGGGAAAACCUCCAUUAAAAUGUUGUCAAAAGUCUUUUUAGUUGAUGCUCCUUUUGUAUGAAACCUGAGCGUGACGACACUUGUACAAACAAAAAGUAGGCCUGUAUAUUUAAUACAGCGUGUGUCCCAGAAAGCCUGCAGCUUUUUUGACGAGGCUCUAGCAUCGGUGCGGAAAAAGUACCACUAUUAUUUUUAUACCAUUUUAAGGCUUGGAACCUGAACUUUAUCGCCGCUGAGUAUUGCCUUGAUGUUUAAAAUAGUUUUCAAAUAAGUUGUGUUCAAAAUGUAAAGGCAUGUGGAAAAAAAAAUCAACAGAUUUCACGGACUAUUUAAGUCAAGAUUUUAUUAAAGAAUCUUAAAUCUACCUCACUUUGAUUGAUAGUCAUGCACACGCAGACAUGAACUGAGAAUUCCCUUUCAAAAAAUGUACAGACCUACCGGUAUAUAGUUGUUAAUAUGACAAAUUUUUUUUUCAAUUUUUAAUGGAAGGGUAUCAAAAUAAAAUGAUAUUUUUUACCAUUUAAAUAUUAGGCAAGAGACUUGUGAUCUGUUUUCAACUUUCAUAAGGACUCUGGCUAUUAGAAAGUGUGUGUAGGAAAAAAAUAUUGAAUUUGACCUGAGAGCCUCUUCUUAAUAACCCAUGAAAUACAUGUACAUGCACCACAUUUUCCUGCAUAAUCUUUAAAGUAUUUGUGUUUCAAUUAAACAACAGUGAUUGGGUAUUAUCGAUCGUUGGAGUUGAAAGUAAUAAUCGAUUGUUGGAGUUGAAAGUAAUUAAUGUUAAAGUUGAUGUUUGAGAAUGUUUUUGAUGAAAAACUUGGGGGAUUUGCAAAUCAAACCAAUGUAUUGUAAUUAAUGGAUUUUUAACCAAAACAUUCUAUCAAGGGAGAGCCUAUUUUCAUAAAAAAGACAAACAUUCACUUUCAGUCACAUUAUAUUCACAUUAAAUUCUAAUAAUUUCAAGCUGAAAGGUUGGAGUAAUUUUUUCUUAUGUUGAUUUUGUCCUCAAGUUGUAGGGCGGCAAAGUUAUGAAGCUUCAGUUGAUAUAUCAUGUUUUUUUUUUCAAAGGAAUUUUCUUACUAAUUGUAUGUUUUCGAAUAAUGCUUGUUUAUGAAAAUCACUUGACCCCAACUCAUUGUUAGUCACCACUCUCGACAAAUGCAUUAAAGGUAGAGUACUGCCAUUGGUGACUGGUGGAAAUACAACUCUCAACUUUCAAUGUAAUUGUGAAAUAUGCAAAUCAAAGGUUUAUCGCCAUCAAGGAAAGUAUCAGGACUAUUCGAGUGCUCAUGCUAAAAAUUUAAUAACAGUUAUUGGGCUUUGUCGAUUGUUAGAGUGGUUAUUGUAAUAGUUGAUGUUUGAGAACGUUUUUGACAAAAAAAACUUGGAUGGUUUGCAAAUCAAACAAAUGUAUUGUAAUAAAUGGAUUUUUCAUCAAAACAUUCUUUAUAUGGAGAGCCUGUUUUCAGGGGGAAAAUAAGACAAACAAUAACUUCUAUGAAUUCAGUCACAUUAUAUUCACAGUAAAUUCUAAUAAUUUCAAAUGGAUAGGUUGGAGUAAUUUUUUCUUAUGUUGAUUUUGUCCUCAAGUGGUAGGGCAGCAAAGUUAUGGAGCUUCAGUUGAUAUAUGUGUGUUUUUUAUCAAAGGAAUUUUCUUACUAAUUGUAUGUUUUCGAAUAAUGCUUGUUUAUGAAAAUCACUUGACCCCAACUCAUUGUUAGUCACCACUCUCGACAAAUGCAUUAAAGGUAGAGUACUGCCUUUGGUGACUGGUGGAAAUACAUCUCUCAACUGUCAAUGUAAUUGUGAAAUGCAAAUCAAAGGUUUAUCGCCAUAUCAGGACUAUUUGAGCGUACCGGUAGAGUACAGUCAUUAGUUGCUGGUGUAAAAUGUGAUUGUGAAAUGCGAAUCAAAGUUUUAUUGUCAUCCAGUAAAGUACCAGGACUAUUUGAGUGUUCAUGUUUAAAUUUAAUAAAAGUUAUUGGGUUUUUCGAUUGUUAAAGUGGUUAUUGUAAUAGUUGAUGUUUGAGAACAUUUUUGACAAAAAAACUCUGGGGUUUCGAUUAAAAAUAUUUUAUCCAGGGAGAAUCUAUUUGAAAACAAAUCACAUACCGGUACAUAAAGUCAGUCACAUUAUAAUAUAUAUUCACAGCAAAUUUCAACAAUUCCAAAAAGUGGAAGUGAUUUUUGUCUGUUGAAUGGUCGAUUUUACAGACUUGUAUGUACUUUUCUGUAAGUUGAAGGGCGGCAAAGUGUUAUUUGCAGCAUUUUACCUCAAGACACAGUCUUUUCUCUAGUACGUGAGUUAAGGCCCCUGGAAAAUUCUGCUUCAAAAUGACAUAUUUUGGGGGGAUCUUUAUGUACAUUUGUGUAGGUGUCUGCAUGUAGUCAAGGGUAAAAGGUAGUUAUGUAUGGGUUUUGAUGGGUUUUUUUGGUUUUAUUUUGGAGGGGGAUAAAACAAUUUUCCUGACAAAAAUAAUGUCCGGGUCUUCAAAAAAGGGUACAUAGGUAACAUAAGCCGAUGUUGUUUUUGGAAAAAAUGUUGCAACCUGCACUUCAGCAGUUGUGUACAAAGUCUAUAAUCAAGAAAACUGUCCAAAUAUUUCCUUAAAAAAAUUGGAAAGUCCCGGAUUCAUGUCUUAUCAUCAUUUUUUUGCAAUAACUGACCUUCAUUGAGAUGAUAUAUGAAGAAAAAUUGGCGUCAGGCUGCAACAUUAUUUCCUUGUUUUUUUUUGGGGGGGGGGUCCUAAAUAUAACAUGUAUACGGCAUUAUAUUUCAGGAGCCGGAUUUUAAGUAAUGAGGCAAGUUGUAUUGUUAUUGCACAGAAGAUGUGAUCUUUGGAGACUGGACCCAAUAUUAUGUGAUUAUCGCAAACGAAAAUGUUUUUUUUUUUUUUUAGGAUUUGUAAGGAUUUGAAAUCGGGACAGGUCACAACUGCUCUUGCUGUCAUUUGAAAAUAAAUAUUCAGUUUGAAUAGUGAUACUGAUAUAAGCCCCAAA